GGUUCUGCUAUUUUCGCGCCAUUUUCUCCCACAGCCACACAAACGCUCCGCACUUGCGUGCUUCACAGGCCGUCGCCAUGGCGGACGGCGAGGAACGCGCGAAGCCGAAGCCGUUCAAGGCGGAGUACGCCAAGUCCGGGCGGGCGAGCUGCCGGAAGUGCAAGGAGAACAUCGGCAAAGACGCGUUCCGCAUCGCGAAAGUGGUGGAGUCGAAACAGUUCGACGGAUUCAUGACGCUCUGGUUCCACUCGCGCUGUGUCUUCAAGGCGCCGGGAUUCAUCACCAACGUGGGCGACGUGGAGGGGGUGGAUGCGCUGCGCUGGGAGGACCAGCAGGCGCUCAGGGCGUAUGCCAAGGGGGAAGGCGGGGCGCAGGGGGCAGCAGGGGGUAAAGGGGCGAAGGGAAAGGCUGCUGGGGGGAGCAAGAGCGAGGAGGGGAAGAGUGAGGGGAAGACUAAGGCAAAAGGGAGGAAGGCGGGGGCAGGGGAUGAGGAUUUGGAGGGAGCAGCAGCGGGGGUGCACGGGUUUCAGGUGGCGUAUGCUGCGAGCAAUGGGUCGGCGUGCAGGCAUUGCACUGAGAAGAUCCCCAAGGGCCAGCUGCGGGUGGGCCGGAUGGAGCCGUCAAGCCGAGGAGUGGAGGUGGUGGCAUGGCGGCAUGCGGCAUGUGUUGGGGAGGAGGGCAUCUGGCCGCCGGGGGCGAGUGUGCAGGGGGUGGAGGGGUGGGAUGCGCUGAGGAAGGAGGACCAAGCGACGCUGCAGGCGAUGCUGGGAGGCCAGGCCAAAGGGAAAGGCAAAGGCAAGGAGGCAGAGCCCCCCAAGAAGCGGCAGAGGCUGGCAGAGCAGGAUGGGGGAGGCGAAGAGGGGAAGGAAGAGGGAAGCAGGCGGAACAAGAAGGGGAAGGAGGAGGGGGGGAUGGGAGAGAAGGGCAAAGGGGGGGCGGAGGAAGGGAGGGAGAAGGGUAAGGCAGGUGAGGCGGGGAUGAGCAAGGAGUUGGAGAAAGCGUUGGAGCAGCAGGCGAGGCGGCUGUGGGAGGUGAAGGACAAGCUGCGGACGCACAUGAGUGUGGCGGACAUGCGUGCCAUGCUCACCGCCAACCAGCAGGACGCCACUGGCAGUGAGGACGCUCUCAGGGACCGCUGUGCGGACGCCAUGCUCUUCGGCCCGCUGCCGCCCUGCCCACUCUGCUCCUCGCCCCUUGAGUACUGGGAUGGACAGUACCGCUGCCGGGGGUUCCUCUCUGCGUGGUCCGCCUGCAGUUACAGCACGCGGGAGGUGCAGCGCAGGGAAGAGCCGUGGACCAUCCCAGACGACAUCAGCAACCCGUUUGCUGACGAGUACCGAGCGCAGCAGCGGCGGCGGUUGAAGGCGGGAGACAAGGGCAAGAGCAAGGGGAGGGGCAAGGGGAAGGGGAAGGCGGAGGGUAGCAAGGCCGGGGAGGAUGGGGAGGGCCUGUGGCCGCAGCGGCUGUUGCCGCCAGAGGAGAAGCGCAGUGAGGUUAAGAAGGGGAAUAGCGCAGGGGAGGGCGGGAAGGAGGGGGGCAAUGGGAGGGCGGCAAGGGAGGCGCGGGAGGCAGCAAUACCUGACGGGGGGGUGGCGCAGGACAAGCCGCUGGAGGGAUUGCAUGUGGCGUUGCUGGGGCGGCUGUCCCGCAGUCAGGCAGCGUGGCGGAAGGAGAUAGAGGAGGGCGGAGGCUCAGUGGCUGCCCUAAGCAGCGCGGCCGUGGAUUGCGUGGUGGCCACCGAGGCAGAGGCAGCAAGGAGCCAAGACAAGCUCGUCCCAGCCAUCACGCUUGGAGCACCACUCCUCUCGGAGGCCUAUCUUCUCGACUCUCUCUCUCAGUGCCGCCGCCUGCCCAUGCGCGCACCGUACCUGCUGCCACUCGCCCCGCACCUGCAGCAGCAGGCGGAUGCUGCCCCACCUGCCGCUGCUGCUGCUGCUGCCAGUGGUGCUGGCAGGGAGAGCAAGGGUAAGAAGGGCAAGGAGAGGAGUGGCGAGGGGGAGGAGCGGGUGCGGUCAGUGCGGGUGAAGGGUCGGGCAGCGGUGCAUGAGGCGUCGGGGCUGGGGGAGAGCGGGCACGUGCUGGACUGCGACGGCACCGUGUGGAGCACCACUCUCAACCUCUCCGACCUCUCCACGGGCGCCAACAGCUACUACAUCCUGCAGAUCAUAGAGGACGACAAGUCGCCCGCAUGCCAUGUGUUCCGCAAGUGGGGGCGCGUGGGCAGCGACAGCAUCGGGGGCAGCAAGGUGGAGGGGGCAGGGCGCGAGCAGGCGGUGGCGCUGUUCAGACGGCUGUUCAAGGAGAAGACAGGCAACGACUGGGACGCGUGGCAGGCCAAGACAGGCUUCCAGAAGCAGCCGGGAAAGUUCUACCCUCUUGAGAUUGACUAUGGUGCCACGGACGACGAUGGGGGGCAGGGCGGGGCGGUGAUGGGCACAAGGAGCAAGCUGGAUGGCAGACUGGUGGCGCUGCUCAUGAUGAUAUUCGACCUCAAGUCCAUCAGGGAGGCGAUGGUGGAGUUUGAGAUCAACGUGAGGGAGAUGCCAUUGGGCAAGCUCACCAAGCGCCACAUAGAGCGCGGCUUCCAGGUGCUCACGGACGUGCAGGCGGCGCUGCAGCUGCCCGAGGACAGCACGGGGCGGCGGGAGAGCGCCAUCGUGGACGCGUCCAACCGCUUCUUCACGCUCAUCCCCACCGUCAACCCCGCCGCCAUCCGCACGCUCCAGGCGCUCUCCACCAAGAUCCGCAUGCUGGAGGCUUUGAGGGACAUGGAGGUGACGUCCACGCUGCUCAGUGCGAGCCGCGGGGCGGGGGGAGGGGCCGAUGAGGAUGAGGACCCGGUGGACGGGCACUACCGCCAGCUGCAGUGCGGCCUCAAGCCCCUGGAGCGCAGUGACGCCGAUUACUCCCUCGUCAGCGAAUACCUGCAAAGGACACAUGCGCCCACGCACAAGGAGUGGGACCUGCAGCUGCUGGACGUGUUUCGAGUGGAUCGCAGCGGGGAGAGACAGGCCUUCCGUGCCGACCUCAAGAACCACAUGCUGCUGUGGCACGGCUCGCGAGUGACCAACUUUGUGGGCAUCUUGAGUCAGGGGCUGCGCAUUGCACCGCCAGAGGCACCUGUCACUGGCUACAUGUUUGGCAAGGGCGUGUACUUCGCGGACCUGGUGAGCAAGAGCGCGCAGUACUGCUUCACCAGCGCUGACAGCAGCGUGGGCCUGCUGCUGCUCUCCCGGGUGGCGCUGGGUGCCCUGCAUGAACUCACCCAAGCCGAGUACAUAGAGAAGCUGCCGCGGGGCAAGCAUGCAACCAAGGGGCUGGGGAUGAUGAAGCCCAAGGAGGACGAGUUUGUUAAGUGGGCCUCCGAUGUCGUCGUGCCAUGCGGCAAGCCCGUGCCAUCUGGGGUCAAGAACAGCCAGCUGCGCUACAAUGAGUUCAUUGUCUACGACACAUCACAGAUCCAGUUGGAGUUUCUGCUCAAAGUGAAGUUCAUCCACAAACGCUGAUGGCGGGUGCUUGCCGUGGCGUAUUGGUCGGGUUUGCAUUAGGUUUGUGAGUAACCUGCUCUUUCAGUAAGCAUCACUGUGGGGUGCUGCUUGCCCUUCAUUAAGCUUGAUUUUUUAUAUGUGACAGUCACUAUGUAUUAGAGUUGCCGUCAUA